GCGCUGGAGCAGUUCAUUCAAUUGAAAGCUGCCGCACCGGACAAACAAAUCUAAAUAUCAAAUCGAACAAGUGUAAGGAUACGUUCAACAUAGAGAAAAAUCUUAUCGGUGAUUUUUAUAUCAAAGGCCAACCAACGGGUGUGACUCGGCGAUUCGGUCCGUCCUAUCUUCGAAUCAAAGUGAAUGCGUCAAUUCGUGAUAACUGUGAAGAAGCGUGGACGUAUGGUAAUUAUUUGGUGUGAUCAACGGCGACUGGAUUAAAAGUUCGUAAACUCGUGAUUAUUUGUGAAACUGUGCGGUGGACUGUUGGAAAUUGAAUCACCACCACCAUCUUCCGGCUAGAACGGAUCGGGAGAUAGUACCUCCUAAUGACGUUUGAGGAAUUCUGCGGUGGUCCCUUUUGGGACGACAACCUAACCUGGCGACCGGAGAAUCCCGAUCUGACCUUCUGCUUCCAGCGAAUCAUUCUUCAAUGGGUGCCCUGUUUUUUCCUUUACAUUUUUGCCGUGUACGAAGCAUACCGGAUAGCGACCAGCCAUUACCGUGAUAUUCCCUGGAAUUGUUACAACAUUUCGAAAAUCAUCAUCACCUUCCUGCUGAUGGUUCUAUCCUGGAUAGAUCUCGGUAUGGUUGUGAAUUACCAUAACCAGGCGAAUGUGUUCGACGUACAAAUACUGGUUGCCAUCUUUAAUGCCGUUGCUUACAUAGUUACAAUCGUACUGUACUGCUUCUUCCGCAAGUACGGCAUUCGAAGUUCGGGUACAAUCUUCAUCUUCUGGUUCCUGAAAGCUUUCUUCGGAAUUAUCCAGAUGAGAACCGAAGCCCUCCUGCAUGCGGACCGUAACACCCCGAUCGGUUCCAGUGGCGACAUCAUUUUUGACGAGUACCAAUUCGUCAGCUAUACCCUACAAUACUCGUUCAUUUGUUUGAUUCUCCUGAUGGAGAUUCUACCGGACCAGGCACCACGCUACAGCGACUACCCUAAGAUGAAAAACCCCAGUCCGGAGCUGAAGUCCAGCUUUUUCAUAAAGCUACUGUACUUAUACUUUGAUUCGUUCACCUGGCGUGGAUUUCGUAAGCCUCUAACCGACGAAGAUAUGUACGAUCUUAAUCCGGAUGAUACAUCGCGGGAGGUGGUUCCACCAUUCGACAAAUACUGGUACGAGAGUAUUGAGAAGGGAAGGCGAAAGCAAAUGGCUGCAGACAAAAAGGCCGGUAAGGUGAAUCCGACCUACAAACCGCACGGUGCUACAAACGGUUCUACCCUACCGGCUAUGGUGAAAGCUUACGGUGGACCUUUCUGGUUUGCUGGUAUGCUUCAGUUUGCAAUUUCCGGGUUGCAAUUCGCUUCGCCGUAUCUAAUGCAGGAACUAAUGGUUAACAUUGCAACGGAUGGACCAUUUUGGAUGGGAAUGCUGAUAACGUUCGCACUGUUCGCCACUUCGCUACUGAUUGCGCUAUUCAACGGGCAGUACUUCCGGAAGACGUUCCUGGUGGGAUUCCGAAUUCGUACUGGUCUGAUCAGUGCUAUCUAUCGGAAGGCUCUGCGAAUUUCUAGUUUCGCUAAAAAGGAUACAACUGUCGGUGAAAUCGUCAACCUGAUGGCAGUGGAUGCUCAGCGGUUCUUCGAGUUGACAUCCUACCUGCAUGUGCUGUGGUCAGCUCCGUUGAUUAUCGCUCUCUGUCUCUAUCUACUGUACGAGAUUCUAGGACCAGCGGUAUUUGCCGGUCUAGCCGUUAUGUUUGUUAUGAUCCCGCUAACCGGUUUCAUUGCUAGUAAGAUGAAAGAUCUUCAGGUCGAACAAAUGCGUAUCAAGGAUGAGCGGGUUAAGAAAAUGAACGAGAUUCUGAGCGGCAUGAAAGUACUUAAACUGUACGCUUGGGAACCUAGCUUUCAGAAAGAUAUCGUCAGCGUUCGAUCCGAGGAAAUAGGUAUUCUCAAGGGAAUGGCCUACUACGGUGCUGCAACCUUCUUCGUGUGGAGUAUGGCACCCUUCCUGGUGACAUUGGCGUCUUUUACUGUUUACGUACUGGUCGAUGAGAACAAUGUCCUCGAUCCGACGACAGCUUUCGUAUCGUUGGCUCUUUUCAACAUUCUACGUUUCCCACUUGCCAUGUUCCCGAUGAUGAUCACCUUUGCGAUGCAGGCUUGGGUAUCGAUUAAGCGUAUCAACAAAUUCAUGAACAGUGAGGAGUUGGAUCCGAACAAUGUGACGCACAACCUAAGCGAAGAUGCUGUUGCAAUUCGGGAUGGAACGUUCUCCUGGGGUGACGAUGCGCCAACUUUAAGGAACAUUAACUUGUCGAUGAGGAAGGGCAAACUUUCGGCGAUUGUCGGAAGUGUGGGAACAGGAAAAAGUACGUUAAUAUCUGCGUUACUUGGGGAGUUGGAGAAGAUUAAGGGAACGGUCAAUACGGAUGGUCGGAUUGCCUUCGUCCCGCAGCAAGCGUGGAUUCAGAACUCUACACUACGGGAAAAUAUCCUGUUCGGUAGAGGGUUCGAUGAGCGAAAAUACGAUCGUGUGCUAGAAAGUUGUGCUCUCAAGCCGGACCUGGCAAUGCUUCCGGGUGGAGACAUGACAGAAAUCGGAGAAAAGGGUAUUAACUUAUCCGGUGGUCAGAAGCAGCGGGUUUCUUUGGCCAGAGCAGUUUACGCCGACGCUGAUAUCUACCUAUUCGACGACCCGCUCAGUGCAGUCGAUGCCCACGUCGGGAAGCACAUAUUUGAAAAGGUUAUCGGACCCGAAGGUAUGCUGGUCGGCAGAACACGCCUUCUGGUGACGCACGGAAUAUCCUUCCUACCUUUCGUGGAAGAAAUUUUCGUAAUGAAGGACGGAGAGAUCUCCGAAAGUGGUUCCUAUCAGCAACUGCUAGAUCAAAAGGGAGCAUUCUCCGAAUUCCUCAGUCAACACAUCCAGGAGCUGGACGAAGAAGACGAAGAGCUGCGAAUCAUCCAGGAAGCUCUGCAAGACGACGUUUCCCGAAAUAUUGUUCAACGUGCCAUGUCAGUUCGGUCGAACAAAUCCAAUGGAAGUGGCGGUAGCAAAAAGAAAAAGAAGGUCAGCCGACAGGAAUCUCGACAUAGUAAACUAAUGGAACCAGCUCCUGCACAGGGAACUACACUGAUUGAAAAGGAAGAGUCCGCUACUGGAGCCGUCACCUAUGCCGUCUACCUCAAAUACUUCAAAGCCAUCGGAUGGAACCUCGGUUUGUGGUCAAUUGUCUUCAGCAUAAUCAAUCAAGGUUCGGCCAUCUACGGAAGCUUUUGGCUAACGGAUUGGUCCGAAGAUCCGGAAGCGGCGACUGAUCCUUCCGUUCGGGACAUGUACCUUGGAGUGUACGGUGGUUUAGGAGGGGUACAGUCCAUUGCUUUACUAAUCGCGUCGAUUACGUUAGCUCUCGGAUGUUUGAAGGCAGCUAACAUUAUGCACAACAAUCUACUCGAAAGCACGCUUCGGAUGCCGAUGUCUUUCUUUGACACAACCCCUCAGGGCAGAAUCAUGAAUCGCUUCUCCAAAGACGUAGACAUAGCGGACAAUACUUUACCGCAGUCCAUUAGAAUGUGGCUCCUCAUGUUCUUCGGAGUAAUCGGCGUCUUUAUCGUAAUCGCAAUAUCUACACCAAUAUUCCUGGCCGUUGUUCCGGUGUUCCUCGUCAUCUACUACGCCAUUCAGAAACUGUACAUCGCUACUUCCCGGCAGCUCAAGCGACUGGAAUCCGUCACCAGAAGUCCAAUCUAUUCGCACUUCGGUGAAAGCAUCACCGGUCAAUCCACCAUUCGAGCCUACGGGGAACAGGAACGUUUCACCAAAGAGUCGGAGAAUCGAGUGGACUACAAUCAGCUAAUGUCCUACCCUAGCAUCAUCGCUAACCGUUGGUUAGCAAUUCGGUUGGAAAUAGUCGGAGCGUUGGUAGUAUUCUUUGCGGCUCUAUUCGCCAUGCUAAGCAGGGAAACAAUUGGAGCGGCCAUGGUUGGCUUAUCGGUUACCUACGCACUUCAGAUUUCAACCGUUUUGAGUUUCCUUGUCCGAAUGACUGCUGAAGUCGAAACGAACAUUGUAGCUGUCGAACGGUUAGAAGAAUACACGGUACUACCUAGAGAAGCCGAGUGGCAGAAGGGAACAGUUGACAAGUCAUGGCCUGCUGUUGGAAAAGUAGAUUUUGCCGAUUUCCAAAUUCGCUACCGGGAAGGGUUGGAUCUAGUCAUCCGAGGCAUUUCAUUGAGUGUUAAAGGAGGCGAGAAGAUCGGUAUCGUGGGCAGAACGGGAGCCGGCAAGUCCAGUUUGACGCUCGGACUGUUCCGCAUAGUGGAAGCUGCCGGUGGACAGAUUAUCAUUGACGGGCUGGAUAUCUCGCAAAUGGGAUUGCAUCAACUGCGCAGUCGGUUAACGAUCAUCCCACAGGAUCCCGUUCUCUUUUCGGGAACUCUUCGUAUGAACGUUGAUCCGUUCAAAGUAUAUUCCGAUGAUCAGGUGUGGAAGGCACUGGAGCUAGCGCAUUUGAAAGUGUUUGUUAAGGGUCUCGCGGCCGGAUUGGAUCACGAGAUUGCCGAAAAUGGCGAGAAUCUGUCCGUCGGUCAACGACAACUCAUUUGUCUCGCGAGAGCCAUUUUACGGAAGACAAAGGUUCUCAUUCUGGAUGAGGCAACCGCUGCUGUCGAUUUGGAGACGGAUGAUCUUAUUCAGAAAACCAUCCGCGCGGAAUUCGACGAUUGCACUAUUUUAACCAUAGCUCAUCGGUUGAACACGAUCCUGGACUCGGAUCGAGUGAUGGUGCUGGAUCAGGGUCUCGUAGCUGAAUGUGACACUCCGCAGGCUCUGCUCGCUGACAAAAACACCAUCUUCUACGGAAUGGCUAAGAACGCAGGAAUCGUCAGUUAAUCGCCCGGUGGCUGUCACAGGGAAUCUCAAUUAUAGCGACCGGGUCGCACGCAGCUGGAGGAUUUCGAUAGAUGAUUCAACAGGAGGAUGACAUGCCAGCACUGGUCCAACCGAAGCGCACUACCUUGCAUUGCACAACUGCCCAACAAAUACUGGAUGUGCUGUUUACAUCGUACUCAGUCCAUGGCUUAGAAGAAGAUUUACGCAUUAAGUGAUAUGGAAAUAAAUUAUAAUUAUUAGACUUUAUUAUGUAUGCUAAUCGGUGUUGAAGCAAACACACGAAACAGGGCAAUUAUGGUGAUGACCAGGGAGAAGUUUUUUGUAUCAUGUUGUUUUAUUCAUGGCAACAGGUACCUUCAAUCCGAUCCAUUCUAAAUUAAGCUUUCUAAGCAUAAUACUUCAACCUGCUAGUAUCUUGAUCUUGUGAUGACGCAUGAAUGGAAAAUAAAGUUUUGUCAAACAUUU